CUUUCAUUUGAAAAGCUAAAUGUAGUCCUAAACUAACUCACUUGAUACCAUAAAGGAAGUUUCUAACAUGGUGAGGAAGACUCAGAUACGACCAAAUAAAUCUAACUUUCUGAUUUUUUGGUACUUUCUCUCUCUAGGGUUAUAAUUGUCUAGAGUGAGAAAAGAAACUGCCUCCCAUCGUCGAUACCAUGGCAGGUUCCCAUUGGAAUUCACUUGUUCUUCCCAGUCCUCAACCGGUGGUGAGCUCUAAUUCACUUGCCGGUAACUUGUCUAGCAGUCCUUCACCACACUCAGUGGCCAUUCUGAACAAGAAACUUCUUGAUGAAAUCAAGUCGAUAACUGGUACUUCCUCUAUUCAGAUCGCAAACCCACAGGUUUAUGUUCCUACAACACCAAUUGCCUCCUCUUCUGCUUCAAUGAGCUUUCCAACAAAAUCUUCUUGGGCCGAUGUUGUUGCAAAUGAUUCUGGUAAAGGUAAUCUGUCUUUCCACCCACUUGAGUUUCGUAAUGGUAGAUUGGUUAUUCUUGAUACUGUUCAUGCUAAAGGCUUGAAAUCUUGGGACAAUUGUUUAGUGGGUACAUUUUUAGGUGGCUCUUCUUCCAAUUAUGGUGCCAUAGUUCAUUACGUAAACAAACUUUCGGAAAAGAAGGGAAAGAUAUUGUCACUGGGGUAGGAAAUAACACCUUUUUGUUUCAAUUUUUGGAUCCUGCAACUAAAGAAUGGGUCCUUAGGUCUAAGAUUCCAUGGCAAGUUUCUCAACGAACUAUGUAUCUAGCUUUGUUACCAAGGUCAAAAUGAUCAAAGAAAAGUUUUAACUCCCCCAGUGAGGCUCCUCCUCCAUCAAAAUGAAAGUACUUUUCUGGA